AUGAAGCAAGUGUUAUUUUGUUGUGUGUUGGCUGUGACCCUUUACUGGUCUAAUGCCAAGCCUGCUGAAACAUCUCCGAAAGAUGCAGUUAUAGGAGUCCUAGAAGUUCUAAAAAAAAUAAGCGAAAAAAGCUUGGAAUGCAAAGCCGAAUACAAAAUCUCCGACGAACUCUUCAACAAAAUCCAAAAUUCCGAAAAGGUCGAUUCACCCGAAGCCAAACAGUACAUGCACUGUUUCUUGUUGAAAAUGGGCAUCCAAAAGGCAAAUGGUGAAUUUGACGCCGAAGCAGUAAGCCAAAUUAUGAGAUCGGGAAAGCCUUUGACCAAGGAAGAAUUGAAUUGCUUAAAACCAAAGGGUACACCAGAAGAGUCCGCUUAUGAGUUUUAUAAAUGUUUUAAUUAAACAUACGUUAAUUCGAUAAUAAAGUAUUGAAAGCAAC